GCGCAGCUGUACACCGCUGACACUCAUUUCUGCUUGCCUUCGUCGUCCGCGGAAGACAGUAGUCGCGUGCACCGCGUCGUUGCUAAUCGCCGAACAAUAGCCUUGACCAUGGCACCUCCGCCAAAGCACGUCCUUCGCCUGCGUAGGACGGACAACAAGUCGGCGCACUUCCUCGUUCACGUCGCGCAGGAGGGCCGUAACGAGCUGGACCUCAAGCUCAUUGGCACAGACAAGUCAGAGUUAUAUGUCGUCUCCCUGACUGCGGCCGACACGAAGUCCUACCAGGACCGCAAUUUUAAUGGAUCCGAGGAAGACUUUCAGACCCUGCUCAAGUUCUCUUUCUUGCACUAUCGAUCAGACGCUAUUUUGCCGGCCUCCCUGCAGGGCGUGGAGACUGUUGCCGCGAUUAAUGGCCCCACUGCCUCGAUCACUAUCCGCAAGAAUGUCGACGGCAUUACCCAACGACUCGGCACCAUUCAUUUGCAGGAGAACACGAGCCAUACCGAGAUUGAUACCUUCGACUGGGUGGAGGCCGCGACUGCCGAAGCAGAUGAGCUCCGUUCCCAGUUAGACGGAUUGCAAAUCUCCGUUGAGUCACAGAAGAAUUCGAUCGCUAAGCUGACCACGGAGCUGGAUAUGCUGGUUAGAGCUAAGAAGGCACACGAGGACGAUCUCUUAAGCAAGUUCGCUGCUCUUCUGAACGCCAAGAAGCUAAAGAUCCGAGAUCAACAGAGGCUCCUGAAUGGCGCUCAAAUUGACCCUGUAGCUGCUACAGAGGUGAGCAAUGCGAGGUUGUCCAGGACAACCAGGAAAGCUGGUGCCUCUCGCAGUGGCAAACGGAAAGCCAAGGCGACGCCCUCGCGCGCGCUUGAUGGAGAGCAGGAGGAAUCAGAGGAGGCUAUUGCCGAGGAGGACCACACCAUGAAUGGUUCUGAGGAAGACACUUCGCGUCACGAUCAAGUCACGCCGGAACCAGACCACGCAGACGCCGCAACAGAAUCAGAAGAUGAGGAAGUGCCCAAGCCAGCCGCUGCCGCGAGGAGAUCACAGAAUACUCAAGAGCGACGGGCAGAACGUUGGUGAAAAGAAGUCACCUACUGGAGCAACGAGUCUCCGGAAGCUGCCGUCGAGGGCAGCCAGAGACUCUACACCACCAGUAGCAGCGGACGUUGACGACGAAGACGAGGAAACGGAUGACGAGUUACGAUUAAUGGUGAAAACGACAUGAAGCGUGUCCGGC